AUGGCCAAAGACAAAGAACGAUCGGUCAACCCUGCGAUGGCGCAGCGGAAGCAAGACAAACAAAAGAGCAUGAAAAAGAACAAGGCCGAGGCGCUGGCACGCCGGAACGAGAAACUGGCCCGACGCAACCCAGACCGAAUCCAACGACAGAUCAACGACCUCAAAGAGGCCGAGGAAUCAGGACAGAGAUUACGACCACGUGAUAAGGAGAUCCUCGAGGCGCUGGAGCGGGAUUUGCGCGCAGUAUACAAGGCACGUGAAGCGCUGGGCGACAAAGCGCCCAAGUUCGGCCAUGGCGGGCGAGGCGGCCAUCACGGCGGGAAGGGAGGAGGUAGAGACCGAGACAGAGAAGGGGACGGCGUGCUAGGCAAGCGGAGGCGAGGUUCAGAUGGUGGGCGGUUUCCGCCGGAAAGCGAGAGCAGCGACACGGAUGAAAGUGUGCGCGGGAUUCCCAUGCCGCGCGAUACACCGCCGCCGAUUCCACGGCAACAGCACCAUCGCCGACGAGGCGCGGGCGCAGAUUCACAAGAAGCACCGGGGCAUCGUGGACCGCAUGCGCUGCCAUCUAAACCGCCGGCCGUGGAGGCUAAGACUGUCUACGAGGCACAGCCCGAGAUCCGUGAUCUUCGCCAGGAGGCCAUUAACAAAUUCGUGCCGGCAGCCGUGAGGAUGAAACAGGACUCUGUCCGCGGGCAGGGCAAACUACUGGAGCCCGAGGAAAUGGAUCGCUUGGAGAAGGCUGGGUAUCAAGCCGGUGCUGCUGCCACGACAAGUAAUCCACAGGGUGGUUCAUCGUCUGGGACCGGCCAGGAUCAGAGGUCACUAGAGGAGGAGGAGCAGCGAUUUAACCGGGAGCUCAAGUCUGUUCAGAUCGAGGAGGUUGAAGAUGAAGAUCUCUGA